GACGCCCCUCUCGCUGCCGCCGGGACCAAACCGACAGCCUUCGAGAAUGGACCCCUUCUUCAGCGCGCCCUGUCCGAGCGUCCGCGCGUCCGGCUCAGAUGACGCGCGUCUCGGCUCUAAAAUCGCCACGUCUGUGCAGCACAUCGAGAAGGCUCUGGCAACUUGGCCUCUGUCGGACUCCGGCAUCGCGUUCAACGGCGGCAAGGACAGCAUCGUUUUGCUGGCGCUAGUUCAGUACGUCCUAUCCCACCGGCGAACCGAGACGUCGAGCGGGGGCCGCGCCGACGAUCCUGACGCCCGUUGCGCUCCAGAAGGCAACUUCAUCGUCGACUCCGAGUUCUCUUGGUCCAGUUUGGCGCUGUCUCCCGCGCGCCGCGGGUCGUCCGACUCCGUCCGAACCAUUUUUUUUCUCGACCAAAACAACUUUCCGGAGGUGUUGGAGUUCAUGUGGGACGUCGCUAUGAAGAACAAGCUGGACGUGGUCAUCAUUCGGAAGCACAUCAAGACCGGACUGCGAUGUCUGAAUUCUAGGCCUCGCGAGGAGUACGGCAGCUGUCUCGUGAGGCCGCUGAAGGUUGUGUUCAUGGGUACAAGAAGGUCCGAUCCCGGCGGAACGAACCUUUCCACGUUCUCUCGGACGGAUGAGGGCUGGCCGGACAUAAUACGCGUCAACCCCCUCCUAGACUGGGAUUACCACGACAUCUGGAAUUUCACAAUGAGGGCCGAAUUGCCGUACUGCAGCCUCUAUUCGAAGGGGUACACUUCGAUAGGGUCCGUCGAGACAACUCGACCCAACAAGCACCUGUGGCAAGAAAAAAUGCAGCGCUACCUGCCGGCCUGGUGUCUGAGUUCGGGCGCAUUGGAGCGCUCCGGGAGGACCGCAAAACCGGCGCAGGAGGCGGCCCCCUUUCUCUAGAA